AUGUUAUUGAUAAAUAUUAUGCUCAUGUUCCAAAAUUUUGGACAAGCUUGUAUUCCGACGCAGCAAAUUGAAAGUAAGAUUUUAUAAAUUUCCUUGAUCAAAAAUUCUUGAUUUUUUUUCCGAAAAAAAUAACCUUGUUUUUAAAGCUACCACUACCACAACAUCCACCACAACAACUCCAAUAAUUUACGGAUGUCCUGAUUCAACAUGGACAGUUAUUGAUCGAACUGAUUAUUCUUGGUGCGCUUAUAUUCUGAAUGGACCUUAUUUGAUGCGAGAUUACGAAACAGAAUGUGCAAAUAUCCAUGCAAAUGCAGUUGUUUGGGGAAUUCAGGAUGCAGCCGAACUUCAAACAGUCCUAACAUUAAUUCGAGCUGUUCAAACCGUAUCUCCAAGUAAUGUAUGUUUGGGAGCUUUAAGAACAUCAGAUUGUGAUAUGGCGUAUGGACUUACCCCAACUUGCACAACUUUAACUAGUUAUGCUUGGAAUGAUGGUAAUACAGAUGGAACGGAUGGUUUUAUUUGGGCUCCUGGAAAACCGAGUAAUGAAUUUUUGUACUCUGGAUAUCCAUACACAUAUAUGUAUAUGUUGAUUCUGAUACUGGUGAAAUGUCAGAUACUUAUAGUGGUUGGGAUGGAGACGCAGGGCUUUGUGGAAUGCUACCAAUUCAGCUGA